AUGGGAGCACCAACAGGUGAUGGUUCGCGAGGCAGAAGGAAGUCAUCAUCAAGGGGACACCACAGGUUUGUUGGGGUUAGGCAGAGGCCAUCAGGGAGAUGGGUGGCAGAGAUUAAGGACUCGUUGCAAAAGGUUAGACUCUGGCUUGGAACUUUUGAUACCGCUGAGGAUGCUGCAAGAGCAUAUGAUGAUGCGGCUAGAGCGUUACGCGGUGCUAAUGCGCGUACAAACUUUGAAUUGCCUCAGCCUGCACCAAAUUCCGGCGCUGGCCGUCGCAGUCUUAUAGAAGUUGAGCCUUUCUCAUUUGAGGAGGUUUGCGGGACGGGAAGUGAAGCGGGAGGGAUUCUUGGUGCCCUCAAAGCCAAGCUGCUUGAUGGCAAGGGAUUGCAGGAGCUUCCGUCUGCUGCUCGUUUUUCAAGUGUGCAGCCUAACUUGGCUGCGAAUACUUCUCACAAAAACAAUUAUAAGAGAGAUCUGGCAUCGACAGGCUCUAUUCCUCGCGGAGCUGGAACUCUAAAUGCUAUCCAGGAUCCUUGUACUUUAGGAUCUCGUAAGAUUGACCUUGUCUUAGAUCAUGAUCAUGGUGACAUGAUGGCUGGUCAUGUUGCGGCUGGCCUGUGGAAUCAACUAUGUCAUGGUACUACAGCAACAACAAACUUGGAAUGGCCCAGUGAACCAGCACCAAAUGAAGUCGCCUGGGCCACGCAGAUGAACCAUAUUUCUGAUCAGGCCGCUAUGUUUGCCAGUAGUACUUCAAUUACUACUUCUGCAUGGCCACUUUCUGCGACAGCUCAACCAUGUGUUGAUUUGAUGUAUUCGAAUCCGUGCGCCAUUGAGAUGCCUAUGAACAAGAUUAGUCGAAUUAUUACAACAAACGUGCCAACAUCGCAAAUUGAUGGAUGUAUUUGGACCACUGAGCAACAAUUCCUGCACUGUGAUAAUAGUGGCUGGACUGGUGGUAAUAGCACUUGGGAUCCGUUUCUCUUGUAUCCUCAUUCCUCAGCGUUAGGGUGA